GUGGAGUUGCCCAUUUUCUGACCCCAUUUCCGUUUCUUCACCUGGUGAUGUCACCACAGUGGGCGGAGCCGGGAAUGAAUGGAUUUUUCCUGUUUCAGAUAAAGAAGAGACAGCAGACGGUUUUCUCCAUAUUGGACUCCCUGAAGAUCCCACAUGAAGGAGAGGGACAUCGCCGCCAACGAGGAAAACCGGAAGUGGAUGAGGGAGAAUGUUCCGGAAAACUGCCGGCCGGCUAGUGGGGUUCCUCUGCCCCCCCAGAUCUUCUGCGAUGACCAAUACCUGGGGGACUAUGACGCUUUCUUUGAAGCCAAAGAGAAUAACAACCUUUAUAAAUUUCUGGGCCUGACUCCUCCCGCCGGAUCAAAGGUGAGAACUUUCCCAAUAUUUCCCUAG